AUGGCUAGUACAGAAAAGCACUUUGUCACGGAUCCAAAGACACUAGUCAAGGACAGUCUCCAAGGCUUCACCAUUGCCAAUCCACACCUAUCUUUCGACGAGAAGAACAAGGUCGUUUACGCCAAAGAUCUUGCAGCACGACGCCAAGAGCAGGUCACCCUCUUUUGCGGUGGUGGUAGCGGGCAUGAACCCGCGCAUGCUGGAUUCGUUGGACAUGGCAUGCUCACAGCAGCAGUAUCUGGUCACGUCUUUGCCUCACCCACAUCGUCUCAAGUUCUUUCAUGUCUGCGCAGGGUCUAUUCAGAAGAAAAGGGAACUCUGGUCGUGAUCAAGAACUAUACAGGAGAUGUGCUCAAUUUUGGUCGAGCCGUCGAGCGCUUCAAAUCAGAACGUGUUCAUCAGGAUAAGGGCCAGCCCAAGGUCGCCAUGGUGGUCGUGAACGAUGAUGUCGGCGUGAUCAACCAAGAGGACGACGAUGAGGGAGGAGUCGGCCGCCGCGGUCUUGCAGGCACAGUCUUGGUUUAUAAACUUGCUGGGGCUCGUGCUGCCAACGGCGGAACUCUGCAGCAGGUCAAGCAGGCGGCAGAGUACGGAAUCUCACAUACUUUUACGAUUGGCUGUGCGCUCAAUGCGGCCUCAGUGCCCGGACAGGGUUUGCCCCGUACGCUCAAGGAUAACGAAAUCGAAGUUGGGAUGGGCAUUCACAACGAACCAGGAUUUGAGAAGAAAGGGCUCGAACCAGCUGAUGUCCUAGUGCAAGGCCUAAUCGACCACAUUGUCAAAAGCCAGCCCUUCCAAGCAUGCCGUCCCGAUGGCAAGGCUCGUGUGGUGCUUUUUAUCAACAACCUCGGCGCGACAUCGAAUCUGGAGAUGGGGCUAGUGACCAAACUGGCCGUGGAGGCUGCCACGUCCCGCGGUCUGGAGCCAGUGCGCGUGUUUUCUGGAACAUAUAUGACAGGACUCGCCAUGCCGGGGGCCAGCAUCUCGAUAUUGGCGCUCCCGGACAACGAGGACGAGUUCAAAGAUCUGGUUUCUCUGAUCGAUCAGCCUGCAGAAUGCCCUGGAUGGAUCAACCACGCAUAUGUCGCCGAUGCUGGAAGUACGGACGAAUCGGCAGAGGGCCCAGCGGAGUCAUUCACUCCAUCAUCGGAUCCCACCUGGGAGCGCGUCAUCGAGACCGCCUACAAGAACGUCGUUGCUGAAGAGCCCGAGAUUACACGAUUGGAUCAGCUUAUGGGAGACGGUGAUUGUGGCCAGGUUCUGCUCUCCGGCGCCAGCGCCAUCUAUCAAGCCUCCAAGGAUGCAGCGCUUCCUCUUCAGGACUCAUCAGCUGCUCUGGGACGAAUUUCCUCAAUUGUCGAAGACGCCAUGGGUGGUACAUCUGGAAUUAUCUACUGCCUCUUCCUAGACGCUACGGCACAGCAUCUACACCAUUUUGGAGCAACCAGCAAUGCGACACUGAAACCAAAGGUGUGGGGCGAAUGCAUGCUUCGCGGUCUGGAUGCCCUGUACAAAUACACAACCGCACGACCUGGCCAUCGGACGCUCAUUGAUGCACUGGAGCCAUUUGCCAGGACGCUUGCGGAAACGGGCGAUAUGGACAAAGCGUUGAAGGCUGCACAGGAGGGCGCAAAGGCAACUGCGGCAAUGAAGCCUAAGCGGGGACGUGCGGUAUAUGUGAGUCAAAACGAUGGACUGGCGGAUGCGGGAGCAGUAGGCCUUGUCGCGGUUUUGACUGGCAUCGCAAAUGCACUCCGAUAG